CGAAGGACAGAUCGCCGACAGAUCCAUCCAUGGGAGCGUUCCUCACUUGCGUGGCAGCCCUGGUUGCGGCCUCCCAGGCCACCGCGUCAUGCCGGGGAUGCAGAGCUGCCGAUGGAGUGUGCUUCGCGGCGAUAGAUGCCUUGCGGCCUUCCUAUGCCCGGCAUGCAGCCCUUCCAGUCGGCCACCGGCCUCGUCAGGCUCUGCCGUCGCUCAAUCUUCCCGCCCUCAGCCGGCGAACCAGGCGGACUAUCCCGUCUGCAGCGACGGUGAAGUCUGCAGAUGUGGCCGUGGCGAGCGAGACCGACAGUGAAUCAUCCGACAGCACUAAUGCGUCGAACGCCGCUCAACGAGGGGAUGAGGAUUAUGUCCCUGUGUGGAUCCCUCGAUGGGUGGUGCGGCUGUCGCGGCCUGUGUUGGUGCAGGUGGUGGCUGCGUUGGGUUUGUACUUCUUCCACAUGCUGGUUCUAUCCCGCAGCUGCAUCGCCUUCCCUGUGCAGCUCAUCCCCAACAAGUACGGCCUCUUCCAGUCCAUCGGCCUCGACUCAUGUGCCGGCCUCGUCGCACUCGCCGCCGCUUACAUUGGGCGGGUCAGCAUGCUCACCAACAGGGCCGCUGCACUGAGAGGACACCGAGAUGAUAAGGCGCUCCCGCCAGUCGACGGCAACCGGCCCAAUGCGACGACCGCUGUGGUAACGAGCGGCGAAGACGGGCAGCCAGAUCCUCUGCUGCCGCUGUCGCCCUAUCCAUGGAAGAUCCCCGUAAAGUCGCGUCCGAAGGCACUGAUAGUGCUGGCGCUGCUGAUCCUGGCCUACUUCAGCUCGGGGUAUGGCGCCGUGGUGUUCGAGUGGAGCCUGUAUGGCCUGUCAGCACUGGGGGUGCCCAUCAGCAUCGCCAUGCACAGAUCACUGCAGGUCGGGCAGUCAGCCAGCCAGCCAGCCAUGAGAAAGGGGCAAGCACAUCUGUCUGUCUGUCUGUCUGGUUGUGUGUGCCUGCAGGUGCUGUUGGGUCACUUGUUGUGGGUGGGCACCGGCUGUCUGAUUCUGGGGAUUGGUCUGCGUCCGUUCUUCCCGCCCCGCGGCUCGUGGUACCGACUGCAGUGGCGCCGCAGUUGGCUGUGGUGGGUGGUGGGGGGCUACUACGUGUCGUCGCUCCUAUUCAACGGCGCCGACGUCAUCAACCAACUCGUGCUGCCACCAUCGGUCUUUCAAGAGGUGAGUGAAGGAGGACCGGCCGACCAGGGGCAUGAAGGGAAUGACUAACGCUACACUUCUGUUUGUGCGCGUGUGUGUGUGUGUUCAGGGUGGUGAGUCGGUGGUGACCAAGAUGAUCAACCCCGAGAACAACGACAUCCUGGCGCUGGCUGUGGGCUCGAUCGCCCCCUGCGUGUCUGCCCCAUGGUGGGAGGAGGUGCUGUACAGGGGCUUCACUUUGCCGGCUCUGAGCGUGUUCAUGCCGCCGUGGGUGGCGCUGCCCGUGUCCGCGGUGCUGUUUGCCGUCCACCACAUGUCGAUCCAGUCGAUGAUCCCCCUGGCCACCCUCGGGCUGGCAUGGGGCAUACUUUACAUGCUCAGCAACAACCUGCUCGUCACAGUACUCAUACACGCCAUGUGGAACUCUAGGGUCUUCCUUGGCUCUUUCCUCGGACUCUAAUGGAUGGAUGGAUGACGUGACUGACGUAUAUAUGAGUGACGUAAUGCGAUGCGAACUGGG